AUGCGCCAACUCAAGAUCCAUUGCGUCAUCCCACACUUCCCCAACGCGCUCCGUGUAGCCUCCCCGCUACGUUUACACUGGCACACACACAUCCAUUACAAGCUACUACCACGAUCUCCAAACCAACUCACCCGAUCGUUCUCAACAACCCACACCAUGGCCUCCGACGACGCCUACAUGUCCUUCCUGGACAAAGCCAACGCAGACGUGAGCCCCAAGUCCCAGCAAGGGGGCAUCCAGACGCAGACCGUCCACAGCACCCUCUCAGUCCCCAAGGCCCUCCAAUCCAUCGAAAUCUACUACAUCUCCGAAACCGACGAGCCCUUCGAACCCGUCGCGCUAAAGUGGGAUGAAGCAGCAAAGGGCACAUGGCCGAGCCCCGGUCCUUGUACCCUUCCGAACCUGAUUACUGACCCUUACUCAGACCAGCUCUCCUCCCUCAUUGCCCCCGAUUCAAACCUGUCUAUCUCAACUCUAUCCCCCUCCUCCUUUGAUCCCCGGAAUCAGUACACGGCUGCCUUAGAUGCUGUGCGUGAGGCGGCGGAUGGGUCUGAGUUGAAGAUUUACCGGGUUGAGCUUACGAGUACCAAGAUCGAGUAUUGGGUUCUGGGUCUGCAUAAGGCGGAGAGUCGGGUUGUUGGGCUCCGUGCGAAGGCGGUUGAAUCGUGA